UUUUUUAUAUUUUUUUCUGUUAUAUUGUUAACCAUAAGACAAAAACCUUUAAUCUCAAAACAAACACGUGCACAGAGUGAUACAGCACUAUAUGUCAGGGGCUCACAGCGCCACACAGUGACACAGAAGUCACAUUACAGCUUCUUUUUAGUUGGUGGAGUCAUUAUUAGUUCUUCACACUUUCACUGUUAAAAUCGCUGUUCAUCAAAUAAACAUAAAAAAUAUAUAGUCUAAUUUGAAUACAGCUCUAGAACCGGUUUCUUUUAUUUAGAAAGCGCUCGUGCUGUAAGUUCACAAAUGAGCCAAGAAACACUAACAAACAUUUAUUUUUACAUAUAUGAACGUGUAUUAAAAACUUGAAUUCACGCUUAUUUAGUACAUAUACUUUUUUCAAUGAGGGAAAACUUCGUCCUGUAAAUGUGGGUUCGGUGUGGUGAAGCGCCUGACAAUGUAUGACGUCAUUCUAGCCGUGCCUUCAUUCGCAGACGUCGACCAAUGAAAGCGAAAGAAUGAUUUCAUUCAUGUUCAAGUGUUCAACACGGUUGUGUGUUUGUCGCAUGUAACGUGUGUCGUUCGUUCACGUCAGUGUGUCUGGAUCUUCUGAAGGAUCCAGUGACUGUUCCCUGUGGACACACUUACUGCAUGAGAUGUAUCACAGACUGCUGGGAUCAUGAGGAUCAGACGGGAAUCUACAGAUGUCCUCAGUGCAGACAGACCUUCAGUCCGCGGCCGGUCUUAGGGAAGAACGUGAUGGUUGCUGAGAUGAUGGAGAAACUGAAGACAGCGAGAAUCCAAGUGACUUCAGAUGUGGAGUGUGACGUCUGUACUGAGAGAAAACACAAAGCCGUCAAAUCCUGUCUGCUGUGUCUCAACUCUUACUGUCAAACUCAUCUUGAGCAACAUGAGAAUCUCUUCAGAGGCAGAAGACACAGCCUGAUAGAUCCCACCGGACGACUGCAGGAGAUGAACUGCUCUCAGCACCAUAAAAUGAUGGAGAUUUACUGUAACCGCUGUCAGAGAUGUAUCUGUGUGUUGUGUUUGAUGCAUGAACACAGAGAUCACGACACUGCGUCAAUUUCAGCAGCAAACACAGAGAAACAGAGUCAGUUGGGAGAAACACAAAAUAAACUCCAGCAGAAGAUCCAGGAGAAAGAGAGAGAUCUUCAGAAGCUCAGAGACACUGUGACGUCUCAUAAGCGGUGUGCACAGACAGCAGUGGAGGACUGUGAGAUGACGUUCACUGAACUGAUGUCUGAGGUGACGCAGCUGAUCAGAGAUCAGGAGACGGCUGCAGUGAGUCGAGCUGAAGGACGUGUGGAGCGACUCAAGCAGGAGAUUGAAGAUCUGAAGAGAAGAAACACUGAGCUGGAGAAGCUUUCACAAACACAAGAUCACAUCCAGUUUCUCCAGAGUUUCCAGUGUCUCUCUGUCUCUGGAUCAGCAGAAAACAUCAGCAUCACUUCUGACGUCUCUUUUGAUGAUGAUGUUGUGAAAUCUGUGUCUCAAUUCAGAGAGAAACUGCAGCGUUUCUGCAGAGAAGAGAUCCGCAAGAUUUCUGUGACAAGCAUCCAGGUGCCUGAACCCAGAAGCAGGAGGGAAUUUCUACAAUAUUUCCGUCCGUUCACACUGGAUCCAAACACAGUGAAUCACAGACUCACUCUGUCUGAAGGGAACCAAGUGGCUACAUACAUUCUCCCAGCCCUGCAGUAUCCGGAUCAUCCAGACAGAUUUGACGAUUGGUCUGAGGUCAUGUGUAGAGACGGUGUGAGUGGACGCUGUUACUGGGAGGUGGAGUGGACUGGGAGGGGACGGUUGGGUGUUGAUGUAGCGGUGGCUUAUAGGAGCAUGGGUAGGAAGGGAGUCGGUCUGGAGUGUGCAGCCGGACGCAACGAUCAGUCCUGGAGUUUGUUCUGUUGUCCAAAUCAUUAUUCAUUCAUUCAUAAUAACUCCGAGAUGAUUGUUCCUCUUGACCCGAGCAGUUCUCGAGUAGGAGUGUAUGUGGAUCACAGUGCAGGACUUCUGUCCUUCUACAGCGUCUCAAACGACACGACGAGUCUCAUCCACAGAGUUCACACCACAUUCACUCAACCCCUCUGUCCUAUGUUUGGACUGGACGAACACUCGGCAUUCAGACUCGCUCAUCUAUAAAUGAUAAGCAUGGUAAAUUAAUAUUCCAUCGCAGUUUAUUCUCUCAUUAAAGCAUCUAGGAAUGUCAGGUGUAGUAAUUAAACUCUGAUAAAUCAUCGCUUAUAGAGUUCCCUUUACGCCGGAUGCAAUGAGCCUCAUUUAUAAAGGUGUGUACGCACAGGUUUGCUCGUAAAGCGUGCGUACGCAAAAAUCCCACGGUUUUUACAUUCCAUUGGACUCUGUAUAUAAAACCCUUUUUGUGUUCGAAAAAUAGUCCAAAAUGUACACAACGUAAAGAACAAAAAACAUAAUGUAAAUAAGUUGUCAGAGAAUCAGAAUAUGUGAAUAACUCAAUUUUGACUGAAAUGUCAGAUUGAAGCUUAGACAAAAAUACCAAUGUGUGUGAUUUAUGAAAAUCAUAUUCAUUCAUUUUUUAUGUACAUCAUCAACCAGUGUAAAAGGUGCAUGAUUGUUUUUCAUGACUUGUUGUCUGUUUAAUUGCUGUACUGUAUACAUGAAACACGUGACAUUAUGGCCAAUAUAAACACGUUAAGAUUCAGUAUUGUGUCAGCUUGAUUUCUGUCAUCAGCUCAGUUUACGAGAAUAAAAACUGCUGUCAGAUCUGAUCCAACCACAUUCUUCUGUUGCUCAAGAACUCUUUCAGAAAGUUCAAUGAUUUAUUCUCUUCCACAUCACAGCUUCACAUAUUUCACAUGACUGAACUG